UCCAACUCAAUCAAUUCCUCAUGUUAUAUAUCAUCUCAUUUAUUUCAGCACAAAAAGAUUACAAACCAAUCUAGUCUAUUGUGUUGUAAGCUGUACAUUUCUGAAUCACGCAACCUCUCAGCUCUUGACUCGAUAGAACAAACCGCUAGGCGUGAUACAGAAACAGUGAUUGUGAACAAAUUUGAGGAUCGAGCAUACAACAGGGUCCGUUACACCCUUGUAUCUUACGUUGUUCAUGAUAGCACAGGUACUGCCAUUUACAGCCCAUUGCAUCAGUGUGUGUUAGCCAUGGUUGAGGCUGCUUAUGCAGCCAUAAACCUGGAGUUGCACUCUGGUGCCCACCCUCGACUUGGUGUUGUUGAUGACAUUGUUUUCCAUCCACUCGCUCGGGCAUCUUUGGAUGAAGCUGCUUGGCUUGCCAAAGCAGUUGCAGCAGAUAUUGGCAGUAGAUUUCAAGUGCCUGUGUUUUUGUAUGCUGCAGCACACCCAACAGGCAAGGCCCUAGACACCAUCAGGCGAGAGCUUAAUUACUACAGGCCCAACUUCAUGGGCAACCAAUGGGUAGGUUGGACAAUGGCUGAAGCUCUCCCUGAAAGGCCCAAUGAAGGCCCCAACCAGGUGUCUCGGGCCAGAGGUAUAGCGAUGAUUGGAGCUCGUCCAUGGGUUGCAUUGUACAACAUACCCAUUAUGUCCACUCACGUCUCCGCUGCUCGUCGGAUAGCUCGAAUGGUGAGUGCCCGCGGAGGUGGGCUGCCAACGGUGCAAACGCUGGGCUUGGUUCAUGGUGAGGAUUCCACCGAGAUAGCUUGCAUGCUCUUGGAGCCCAAUCAGGUUGGAGCUGAUAGGGUCCAAAGCCGGGUUGAGAUGCUCGCAGCUGAAGAAGGGUUGGAUGUAGAGAAGGGCUAUUUUACUGAUUUUUCACCAGAAAUGAUUGUUGAAAAAUACAUGAAUUUGAUAUCUGCUAACAGAGACUAAGCAAACAAGUGUUUGAAACUUUGAUCACAAUUCCAACAAUAUGCCACUGGAACCUAUUAAAUA